UCCCUCGAAAAAUUUUUGAUUUUAAAUUUGAAUUUAGAGAGUUGAGUUUUGGAAAACACUUGCUUUCCAUUGAAAUUAAAUCUUUGAAAAUCGACAUUUUACUGUAGGAAGUGUUGUGAAUGUGAUUAUUUAAAAAACAAAUCUGAUACUUAUUUUAUUACUUUAAUUUUUCUUUCGUUACAAUAUGAGUGAAGAAGAUCAUUAUUUAGAAUUAGAUGUUUUGGAUAUUAUUGAUAAUUCUGAAAACUUAUUUGAUAGUGAAAACCCUUCAGAAAUCAGCAAUUCUGAACAAUAUUCUGGCCCUAUUGUGGCUAGUACAGAAUCUGCACAACUACUCGCAACAGCUAAGAAUGUUCAAAGUGGCAAAAGUGAAGUUCCUAAGACUACAAGAUUGCCAAUGGCUAGGAUAAAAAAUAUUAUUAAAAUGGAUCCAGACGUCCAAAUGGUAACCGCCGAAGCUGUGUUUUUAGUAACUAAAGCUACUGAGAUGUUUCUAGAAACAAUUGCAAAGGAAACCUUUGUUUACACAUCACACCACAAAAGAAAAACAAUAGCUAAGAAAGAUCUAGAUGUUAUUAUUAAUAAGGUGGACUGUUUGUGCUUCCUGGAAGGUGCUAUGGACUUCUAAUGGCAAUGUUUUGUAAAAUUAUAAUUAAUUACAAUAAGCUCAUUCACAUUAUUACCUAUGAGUUGAGCGGGGAAGGGUGAACAUAUUAUAUUAUGAAAUGCAUUACAGUAGAAACUUGAUGAUUUGGCCCUCAGUUAUACGGAUUCACAAUUACCCGGACUUAUAAUUACAUACCUACAAGUCGAAUUUAUGUGAGUUUAAAUGAAAUUGAACUCAGAACUGGCAUUACCUCUCCCAUUGUGAAUUGAUGAUGAGCCAUCUCAUGAUAAAGCACUUCAUAGCUCUCCAGUGUUUGGAAACAAGUCUUAUGUCAAAUGACAAUUUUUUAACAAUAUUAGACUGAUUAUUUCAAUUCAUAAUUAACAAAUAUGCAGUGUAAACAAAUUAUAAGUAUAUAUGUGCCUUAAUAUUUUAUGUUUAAGGCUGCACUACAUAAUUCAGUAUUUAUGUAUGUAAUCUAAGAAUGUAUGAAUCAUAUGUUGAAAAAUGUUUCUCUAAAAAAUUUCUUAGAAUCAUUGAUUUUCGUUGAUAUGUAUUUUUUGUUUUUAAUAAACACAACUUUAUAUACUUACUACAUAUAAUGCACAAAACCCACUUUUCUUCAUACAUUAAGUUAUAUGGAUCUUUGAUCACCUCACGAUAACUGUUAAUUCGGUUAGUUGAGUUUCUACCGUAUUCAACAGUUAGAGAGUGAUGUCAAGUAAAAGAAGAGGUAAUGUCAGUUACUAAGAAGGAAAUGUCUGCUUGUGUUGGUAUACAUACCGACAAGUAGAAAGGAUGGAUAAAACUAUAUUGACUGCAUACAUAUGGCUAAUUAGGGAUGUUCUAGAAAUGGGCCUAUUAGGAGUACAAAGUAUAAAAGAACAUGUAUGUAUGAACAUUAUAUGAUGAUGUAAUUGAUGAGGUUGUUUUAGUUUGAGCUCAAUACAGCAGCAUACUAUGAGAAGAAGUUGUUUGUGAAGAAAUAAAAUCAGCCUUCUGACAACAUUGUUAGUUUUUAUAAAGUUUUCCACAUUAAUAUAUCUUUUCUUACACAAAUUAAAUUUGAAAACAAAGUUUAUGAAUGAUGCAAUUGUUUAUAUAUUUACUAUGCAAUUAUGUUUUGUAUUACAACUUUUUUUUAAUCUAAA